GCGUGUGAAGUGCCUCCUGCUCCCCAGGCCGCCGAGCUGCCCUUCCCCGGGCCCUGCCAAGCGGCAUGAGCGGCCCGCGGUGCGCGCUGUGCCGGGGCUGCUCCGCGGCCCGCCUGCUGCUCCCGCUGCUCCCGCUGCUGCUGCCGCUGCUGCCGGCGCCGGCCCGCGGCUCCCAGCCCGUGCUCUGCGCGCCCUGCACCCCGGAGAGGCUCGCCCUGUGCCCGCCCGUGCCGCCCGAGUGCCCGGAGCCCGCCCGGCAGCCCGGCUGCGGCUGCUGCCAGGCCUGCGCCCUCGGGCCGGGCCAGCCCUGCGGCGUCUACACCGCCCGCUGCCGCCUGGGGCUGCGCUGCCACGUCCCGCCCGGGGAGCCCCGGCCGCUCUCCGCCCUCAUCCGGGGGCACGGGACGUGCCUGCCCGCCAGCGAGGCCGGAGGGAUGCGCUCCGAGGAGCCGGCAGAUUCUAUAGAACCUGAUGAUAUGCCUUUGGAAAGCACUGAAAUAACCCAGGAUCAGCUGCUGAACUAUCAGUUGAUGUUUCCCAUAGGCCAGGAUAAAUCCAUUCCCUGGAAUUCCAUCACUGCAUAUGAAAACAUGAAAGCGAAGAGAAUAUCUGAACUGAAGAAAUUGAAAGAGAAGGGUCCUUGUCAGAAGGAGCUCUACAGAGCCCUGUAUAAAUUGGUGAAGGCCCGGCAGAGAAGCAGAGGGGAGAUUUACAAAUUUUACUUGCCCAACUGCAACAAGAAUGGAUUUUACCACAGUAAACAGUGUGAAACUUUACUGGAUGGAGAAUCUGCUGAAUGCUGGUGUGUCUAUCCAAAAAAUGGCAGAAGAAUUCCUGGAUCUCCAGAAAUUAAAGGAGACCCAGAAUGCCAACAGUAUCUCAGCUCACAAGACUACAACUAAACUCCAAAGUUUUCCACACCAAGUUUCCUGUUUGGCCUGUUAUAGCCAGGAACCAUUCCAGUCAGGAGCCAUUUCACUAAGGUAGUCUUGUGCACCUGAUUUUGAGUGCAUGAGUAACCCCAUAAAGUAACAUUUUUACUGCACUGAGAUUGCCCACAUGUUGAAGUGACAAAUGUGAGCAACUUCAAGAUCAAAUCCUAUAACCUUGUAUAUUUUGUUUGUAUAAUAUUAUAUAUAACCUCAUAUGUAAAGCUGAUGAAUUAUUUAUUUCACACUGCAUGUAUUUUUGUGUUGUUACUAAUUUAUAUUCUCAAACACUUCAUAACUUUAUAUUUAAAUACUUAAUAUUAUUGUGCUUAAAUAUAUGCAUCAUGUUGGAGGAAUGUUGCAACUUAAGACUUCAAAUGGCAUAGCUAUUAGGAAAAAUGGCUUGUAAACUUGCAUUUUUGUACUGCAUAUUUAUAGAUGUAAAACUGAAUUUUAAAAAAUAGAUUUCAGUAGAAAGCAUGCUUAGAAACUUAUUUAAAACCUGUUUUGUGAACAUAUUGUGUUACUUUUGCACCUCUGUUUCAAUGCCAAACUGUUUCUUAAAAAAGAACAAUUCUGUACUGAAGCUCCUGAUGGGACAGUGUUUGUAUCUAUUUUUUAAACAUAUGCACUGGAUAAAUGGCAAAAUACAAUAUGAUAUUCUGCACCACCUUUGACAGGUGUAAGUCGUUCACAAUGUUGACAAUAUAAUUUAAAAUGAGCUAUUAAAAGUCUUCUGCGCUGC